GAAGGGCACAUGGAAUGACUGACUCCUCCUCCUACUUACGAUUAUUCCUGGUAAGUAUGAGUAGUUAAUAGUAACAUCCAGAAAGUUUUCUCUUCUUCCCCCAAACUUGUACUGCUUGAUUACAUUCACUGUAAACUCACCUCAUGCAUUAAACCCUAUUUUUCUCCAUCCAUCUUUGAGUCCAUUUUUCGCUGGCGACGAAUUGGAAAAACUGAAUCAAAUCUCAGCUAUUAAUGGCGGUUUCGGAGGAAGAAUCCUCGUCUUCAUCCUCUGCCGGUUGCAGCAGCAAGUCACGAUCAGCUGCUCCUCGUGGCGCCUCUUAUUUAGCUAAGACUGUUCUCAGAGGUAGUGUUGUUCUGCAAGUCGUUUAUGGCCGUAUCCGCUCUUCUACUUCGUACGACGUCGUUCUUGGCAAGGAAACAUCUGUAGAGUUGGUGAUUAUAGAUGAAGAUGGAAUUGUGCAAUCUAUCUGUGAGCAGCCUGUAUUUGGCAUAAUAAAAGAUAUAGCUGUGCUGCCCUGGAAUGAGAAGUUUCGUGCUGGAAGCCCGCAGCUUUUGAGCAAGGAUCUCCUGGUUGUUAUUUCGGAUUCAGGGAAGCUCUCAGUUCUCAGAUUUUGCAAUGAAAUGCACAGGUUUUUCGCUGUAACACAUGUUCAACUUUCAUCUCCUGGAAAUCCAAGGCAUCAAAUUGGAAGGAUGUUGGCUAUUGAUUCCAGUGGCUGUUUCAUUGCUGCUAGUGCAUAUGAAGACAGAUUGGCUCUUUUCUCCCGCUCUGCUUCAGCUGGCAGUGAUAUACUUGAUAAGAGAAUCUUUUGUCCCACUGACAAUCAAGGGAAGAUUGGGACUGCCAGUGGUUUCACCAGUAUCUGUGGUACCAUAUGGAGCAUGUGCUUCAUCUCAACAGAUGUUCGUCAACCAAAUAAGGAGCACAAUCCUGUAUUGGCCAUUCUUCUGAAUAGGAGGAGAUCAUAUAGGACUGAGCUCAUGUUGAUAGAGUGGAAUAUGAAGGAGCAUUCACUCCAUGUAAUAUAUCAGUAUUCUGAACCUGGACCACUAGCACAUCAUAUCAUAGAAGUUCCUCAUUCUUAUGGAAUCCUGUUAGUAUUUCGUGCUGGGGAUGCUAUUGUGAUGGACUUUAGAGAUCCUCACAACCCUUGUUUUCUUUAUCGAAUAAGUUUAAAUUUUACACCACCUUCAGUUGAGGAGCAGAAUUUUGUAGAAGAGGCUAUUAGAAUUCCUGAUAUUAUUGACGAAGACGGUAUGUAUAGCGUUGCUGCAUCUGCAUUGCUUGAGCUUAGCGACUUGAAUAAAAAUGACCCAAUGAACAUUGACGAUGAUAGCAAUGUAAAACCGGGUUCAAAUUUUGUCUGCUCAUGGAGUUGGAAUCCUGGAAAUGAGCACAGUCCUAGGAUGAUAUUUUGUGCUGAUUCUGGAGAGCUUUUCCUGAUUGAUUUUUUAUUUGAUUCUGAUGGCCUGAAAAUAUCUCUGUCUGAUUGUCUUUACAAGACUCAACCAGCCAAGGCACUUUUGUGGGUGAGAGGUGGGUUUUUGGCAGUUAUCAUUGAGAUGGGUGAUGGGAUGGUGUUAAAAGUUGAAGAGGGAAAACUUGUUUAUAGAAGUCCAAUCCAAAAUAUCGCACCAAUAUUGGAUAUGUCCGUUGUGGAUUACCAUGAUGAGAAACAUGAUCAAAUGUUUGCCUGCUGUGGGAUGGCACCUGAAGGAUCUUUACGAGUUAUACGCAGUGGCAUCAGUGUAGAGAAAUUGUUGAAAACUGCUCCUAUUUAUCAGGGUAUUACUGGAACUUGGACAGUGAAAAUGAAAAUGGCUGAUUCUUAUCAUUCUUUCCUUGUACUAUCAUUUGUUGAAGAGACCAGGGUUCUAUCUGUUGGUGUGAGCUUUUCUGAUGUAACUGACUUCAUGGGUUUCCAGCCGGAUGUUUGCACGUUGGCUUGUGGUCUUGUGGGCGAUGGUUUACUGGUGCAAAUCCACCAGACUGCUGUGAGACUGUGUGUACCUACUAUUUUUAAAUCCUUUACUUGUUUUUUGAAAAUAUGGCUUUGUUUUACAGAUAAUUCCAGUCCAGAAUGCAAUCUAGCUCUAACUUGUUCAUUCUACAUGGGUGAGAUAGCUAUGAGAGUUCGAAAGGGGUCAUUCUCUUAUAAACUUCCAGCAGAUGAUGCACUUAAGGGCUGUCAAGUUGCCAGCAAUGUCGGUGACAUAUCACAAAAUAGUAUCAUGGCUAGUACACUUUUAGGGAGCAUAAUUAUUUUCAUUCCUCUUACUAGGGAGGAAUAUGAUCUCUUAGAAGCGGUACAGGCUAGGCUUGUCAUCCAUCCAUUGACUGCUCCUAUAUUGGGAAAUGACCACGCUGAAUUUCGCUGUCGUGGGAGUCUGGCUAGGGCACCUAAAGCUCUGGAUGGUGAUAUGCUUGCUCAGUUCUUGGAGCUUACUAGUAUGCAACAAGAAGCUGUAUUAGCAUUGCCUCUUGGUGCACAAAACACGAUUACGUUCAAUUCAAAGCAAUCUCCUCCUCCAAUUACUGUCAAUCAGGUUGUGCGGCUGCUAGAACGUGUUCAUUAUGCCCUGAACUGAAUAUGUUCUGAUGCUUUGAGAGCUGUAAACUUGGACUUCCAUUGACUGCCAAUCAUGUGGCCUUACAGCCUUCCUCCAGAUGAUUGCCAGUGCGAAGGCCAUCUUUUCAUAUUCUUGGAAGCAAGAUGAUUGCGAUUGACACAUGAUGUUUGAAGCUGGAUCAAAUAUCGUGCCCAGGCCAGGCUAUUCUGCUUUGUUUUGGCUUUUUUUUUUG